AGCUCUUUCGGUGACAUUGUGGUCCUGCCUUUUCCACUUUACCUUUUAUUCUUCUUCUUUUCUUGCUAGUUUCGUUUCAUCAAUCAUCUUAGACGCCCAUGACUUCACAUUGACGUUGAUCGAAGCUAGCAGGAAACUGUGAUCAGUGUACCUAUUUUUGAGAGCCUCUUCCUCUUCUGCUUCUUCUUCAUUCCAUCAGUGAGUUGUGCGUGAAAUCAACCAAAAAGCUAGGUUCGAUGGCCGUCCAAUUGAGAUCUUCUUCUUCUCUCUCCUCUGCUUCUUCCACCGGUUCAUGGAGACAUGAUGUGUUUCUGAGUUUCAGAGGCGAGGAUACACGCGACAAUUUUACAGAUCAUUUGCACAGCAAUUUGGUUCGAAGGGGGAUCAACACUUUCAUAGAUGAUGAUCUUCCAAGAGGAGAGGAAAUAUCAGAAGCACUUGUCCGAGCCAUUGAAGGAUCAAAGCUCUCUCUCAUUGUGUUCUCUAAAAACUAUGCAUCCUCAAAGUGGUGUUUGGAGGAACUAGUUCGUAUCCUUGAAUGUAAAAGAUCUAAGAACCAAAUGGUUCGGGCAAUCUUUUACAAAGUGGAUCCAUCGGACGUAAGACACCAAAGAGGCACAUUUGGUGAGGCACUUGCAAAGCAUGAACGUAGAUUCCAAGAUGACAGAACAAAUAAGGUGUUAAGAUGGAGAAAAGCUCUUUCAGAAGCAGCAGAUUUAUCUGGGUGGCCUUUCUCGGGCGGGUCUGAAUCUAAUUUUAUUUAUGGAAUCAUUGAAGAGAUUUCUGCAAAAUUAAUAAAACAAACCCCUUUGAAUGUGGCAAAGUCUCCUGUUGGGAUAGAAUCUCGUGUACAAGAUAUGCUUAAACUCUUAGCUGUUGGAGGGAGUGAUAUAAUGGUUGGUAUAUGGGGAACUGGAGGAAUAGGGAAGACAACAAUUGCUAAAGCUGUUUACAAUUUAAUUGCUAAUGAGUUCGAAGAUAGUUGCUUUUUGGCAAAUGUUAGAGAACAUUCAGUGUCGCAUGAAGGUCUAGUCAACCUACAAAACAGUCUUCUUUUUGAGAUUUUUGGGGGAGAAUUGAAAGUAACGAAUGCUGAUCAAGGAAUUACUUUGUUGAGCGAAAGGUUGAGAUAUAAAAGGAUUCUUUUAGUUCUUGAUGAUGUGGAUCAAUUGGACCAGUUAGAAAGAUUAGCUGGGGGACCAGAUUGGUUUCACAGUGGCAGUAGAGUUAUAAUAACAACAAGAGAUAAGCAUUUGUUGAUUGCUCAUCAAGUGAAUAAAAAUAAAAUAUACAAGGCCCGGAGACUGGAUCAUGAUGAAGCUCGUGAGCUCUUCUGUGCAAAUGCCUUGAUGACUUAUAGAGAUCUGGAUAAUGAUGAAAAACUCGCAGUUAACACUGUUGUUAAAUAUGCUGAAGGCCUUCCAUUAGCGCUGAAAGUUUUAGGUAAACAUCUAUGCGAUAGACCUAUACAUCAGUGGCAAGCUUUCUUAGAUGGUCAUAGAAGAAGUCCUCUUCAAGGCAUUCAAAACAUUCUUAAAAUCAGUUACGAUUCACUGGAAGAACCAGAGAAAGAAAUUUUCCUUGACAUUGCAUGCUUCUUCAAAUAUAAAAAUAAGAACGAUUUGAUAGCAAUAUUAGAAGGUUGUGGUUACAGCAACCCUAUGUUUAGUAUUGAAGUUCUUGAAGAAAAGGCCCUCCUAAAUGUUGAACAUGCUUAUAUUUUCAUGCAUGAUUUGCUAGAAGAAAUGGGAAAAAAAAUAGUUCAUGAAGAGUCGCCUAAAGAGGCUGGUCAGCGCAGCAGAUUGUGGCAUCACAGUGAUGUUCUCCAAGUUCUAACAAAGAACACAGGAAGCGAGACCAUUGAAGGCAUAAUGGUAAACAUGCCAACCGCAGAUAUGAUACGCUUGAGUCGUAAAUGCUUCAAAAAGAUGAGAAAACUUAAAAUUUUUAUAAACGUCAAUGGACGGUUUUGUGGAAGGGUUGAUUAUCUACCGGACCAGUUGCGGAUACUUGAUUGGCCUGGCUGUCCGCUGCAAUCUUUGCCCUCCAAGUUUAAUAUGAAGAAUCUGGUUCAACUCAUUAUGUCUGGUAGCCCUAUCCCAUGUCUCGGAGAAGGAUUCAAGCGUAUUCGAAAUCUGAAAUCCUUAAAUUUGAAGAAAUCUGAAUUCUUAGAACAAAUCCCAGACCUAUCUGGAAGCCCAAACUUAGAGUUCCUGGAUCUAAGUUUCUGUACAAGUUUAAAGAAGAUUCACCCUUCGGUUGGAUACCUCGAAAAGCUUGUUGAACUGGAUCUUGAAGAAUGCUCUAAACUUGAGAUGCUACCUGGAGAAGUCAACUGGAGAUCCCUCCGACACAUUAAUCUUAACUCUUGCAGAAGGUUGGAGAGUUUCCCUGAAAUUGUGGGAGAGAUGAAAUACAUGACAUCCUUGGCUUUAUCCCGCACUGGCAUCAAAGCAUUGCCUUCAUCCAUUGGACAUCUAAUUAAUCUUGAAGAGUUGAGUUUACAUAGUUGUGGAAAUCUCACAGAUCUACCUUACAGCAUCUAUGAAUUGCAAAAUCUGAAGGAAGUUCGUUUGUCCUGGUGCCGAAAACUCGUAACAUUCCCAAACAAGGUGGACUCUGAACGCUCAAAGGUGAAGCGAAAACAUCUUGAAUGCUCUGACAACCGUGACUCUUUAUCAAAAAAAAAUAAGACGGAGUGAAGGCAGUUCAUUGGGAGCCAAAGCCAGACACUGAAUUCAAUUUGGCGCUUCCUUGGCUACAUCAAUUCCGUGUGAGUGGAUGCAAUUUAUCUAAUAUUAAUCACCUCGGGUUGGAUUGUACAUCCAUUGUUUUUCUUCCUGAAUGCAUCAAGAAAUUUGUCAACUUGAGGGAACUCAAUUUGAGUGGCUGCAAGAGGCUCGUAGAAAUUCCAGAGCUUCCACCAGGGAUUGAAUGGCUGUGUGCGAGGGAUUGCGUAUCAUUGGAAAGAUUUUCAAAGUUGUCAAACAUUUUGGAGCGAAAAGGAUCACAAAAAAUGAUUGAGGAGAUGGACUUGACUAAUUGCUGGAGACUCUGUCAAAAUUUGGCUCAGAUGGCAAACAAGGAAGAUGAUGAGGUGGACGCUGAUCUCUUCUCUCGACUCCUAUCUUCUCAGCAAUUCAAAUUCAUAAUUACAUUUCCAGUUCCAAGAAGCGAGGUUCCAAAGUGGUUCAGCUGUCAAAUGGAUUCCAAGGGGCAUCAACGGUUUGAAUUUUGUAUUGAAACACUUGCAAAUUUCAAAUGGGAGAACACAGGAUUGGCCCUCUGUGUUGCUGUUGAUAAAAAGCUACAAGAUACUUCUGCUGAUACUUCUCUGCCUUUCUAUUUUGACGUCUAUAUUCACAUCAAUAAAGAAGAAGUUUCACCCAUCGAGACACAGUCUGUUGGUUCAGCAGAGUCGGAUCAUGUGUGGCUACAGUAUGUUCCAUUCCUUGAAAUGUGGGAAGUUGAUAUGCGUCCAUUGCCACCUUUUAAGUGUCGAGUCAUUAUUAAUCAAUGGAAGAAUUCUGGGGCCUGCUUAAAAAGCUGUGGGAUCCACCUUGUAAUGCCACCCAAUGAAGACGUUUGUAUGAAGCUAAUCCGUGCAGAGAACCUCACCGAUGUUGAAGAUUCCUUUUAUUAUGAGGACGGAUGGGACAAUUAUCGACCCGAACAGAGGACUUUCGUUAUUUUUGAUGUACAAACGAAUAGCUAUAGUUAUUAUAAUGCAGCAUAGCAUUGUCUAUGGACCAGUGUCACGAAUACAGUCUUAUUCUAAGCUACUGAAAUGUUUAAAUAACAAGAAGCUGGGAUAUAAGAAGAAGGGUCUUCCAGAAGACGAAGCACCAUCUUGCCUGCACAAGCUUGACUUUUAAAAGAUUUUAUCAUGCUUUCCAAACUGUUCUGCGCAUUUAAAAGGCCGGUCAUAUACUAUUUCCGUAGAUACUUGAAAUUUGAGGUCCAAGUUGUUAGGAUUGUCUCUAAGGUAUACAUCUCUGUUGUUCAGCAAUUGUCAGCUUCACAAAUGUUUCUAGCACUCAAAGACAGAAGAACUGGGGGUAUCUUGCUUUUCGUGGGAGGAAUUCUCUCAGUUGAUUUGCAGGACUACUGGAAAGUCAUCAUCCCAAACAGUGAACUGACUGCAAAGUAAUAUAUACUGAUGCACAACUGGAGAAUGAAAAGCUGUAAUUAGUACUAAUGUAGCAAUGUUGGUAAAGCAUUGUCUAUGGACCAAUGUGACAAGUACAGAUUUGGGUUUAUGGGAACAAUUUUGAGUCGUUUCUUGCUGCUGUGGUGAUUUUGGAGGACAGGACAGCUAGCUGAACAUCACUUCAUCGAUGACUGUAGAUCAUUGUGUCAAAAUCUGAGGCCAAAAUAUGAACUUUGGAUGAGUUUUGAGAGGAUACAUGAAAGAUUGGCUGUCCCACUGUCUGCGGCUGCUGAAAUUACAGAGAAUCUCAGCCCUCAUCAGCUAAUACCAAAUGUCAUGUGUGGCUACAGUAACUCCAUUUGUUGAAAUCUCAUUGAUGUGUUGCGUCUACUGCUGCCUUCUUAUUAGAGGAGUCAGUCUUGAGUCUUUAUAGCAGCGUUGUGGUGUUGCCUCAGAUGCUGCAUGGUGCACCUAGUAAUGCCAUGACAACAGGAUGCAAACCCCUCUACGGAGGUAGGGGUUCGUGAACAUAGCGUCUUCUCAUAAAGGUUUGGUGAUUGGUCAAUUAGCAGUCAUGAAAGAUGAUGAUGAAGACCUUGAAAGUGGAAAACCAAUUGCAUUCCCUUCAGAGAAUAAUCUCCAAGUUAUUUUCUAGUCCCAGUGUCUAUGAUCGCCAUAAGUUUCCUCCUGCCUUCUAUUCAUGGUGAUUCGCAUGGCAUUCAUGACUGUCUUGGCUUCUUGAUGUUUGUUUUGGUGGAUGAAUUGUUACUCGCUUUCCUGAUUUGGAAUGCUUGUUGCUCAAUCAUUUUGCUAUGUCUUACGACUUACUAGCCGUAGAUUUUGUCUUCCUAAUUUGAUCAGCUGCAUUUGUUUUUGUUUUCUGUUUUCAAGGUUGAAUACUCUGCACUAGUAAACUUUGAAAGAAGUUGAUAA